AUGAGUCGAGGAGCAGGCUACGAUCGCCACAUCACCGUCUUUUCGCCCGAGGGACGACUCUACCAAGUUGAAUACGCCUUCAAGGCUAUCUCCAACUCGGGAAUCACCUCUAUCGGUGUCCGCGGCAAGGACUCCUGUGUCAUUGUCACUCAGCGCAAAGUUCCUGACAAAUUGCUGGAUGCCUCGACAAUUAGACACAUUUACCCCCUGACGCCCAAGAUUGGUUGCGUGAUGACAGGACUGGUACCCGAUGCUAGAUCAGCCGUGAGCAGGGCGCAGAGAGAGGCUGCCGAGUUCCGGUACAAGUUUGGAUACGAGAUUCCUCCAGAUAUGCUGGCCAAGCGUAUGGCCAACAUCAACCAGGUCUAUACUCAGCAUGCUGCCAUGCGACCCCUUGGUGUUUCCAUGAUUUUGAUUGGAUUGGACGAUGAGCGUGGGCCUCAGUUGUUCAAGAUCGACCCUGCAGGAUACUUUGUUGGAUUCAAGGCGACCGCUGCUGGUGCGAAGCAGACAGAAAGUUUGAAUCACCUGGAGAAGAAGCUCAAGAAGGAAAAGGAGCUGGACGAGGAGGAGGCCAUCGAGCUUGCGAUCACAACGCUUUCGACGGUGCUUUCCUCAGAUUUCAAGGCGACCGAGAUCGAGGUCGGUGUUGUUUCGCUUCGGGACCCCAAGUUCCGUACUCUGGAGGUUACCGAGAUCGAGGAUCAUCUUCAGAGGAUUGUUGAGAAGGACUAA